UUGUUUUGGACAGAAAAGCCAUGUCAAACUACAAGUGCCCCAAAAAUUCAAACCAUCUAUUUAGCUGCUUCUUCUCUUUCCUUUAGACUCUGCAACCAUUCUCUGAAAAAUCUCAUUUUCUCCUCUGUAAUCUGUCAGUAUUCCCACAUCACAUUUGAAUAUUUGUCUUCUUUCUCUUUUCCCCCUUCUCUCUUCUUUCAAUAAUUGAACCAAAGAAAACAAAAGAAAAUAAAAAAUAAUGGCCAUUGAUAUGAUAUCUGAUCCUCCAAGCUUAGCUACAAGUCCAAGAAUCUCUUUUUCCCACAAUCUUUCACCUUCAAAUCUUACUAAUAUUCUUCAGAAAACACAAAUCCAAGAACCUAUUCAUUCAAAUUCUGAAUUUGAUUUCUGUAUCAGCAAUGCAGAAACUUCAUCAGCAGAUGAACUCUUUUCAGAUGGCUUAAUUCGCCCAAUUCAACUUCAAGAAAAGUUUGUUAACUCGUCAAAACAAACAAUUUUAUCCAAAAAAGCUCAAUCUCUUCCACCCCUUCCACAAAAUGACCAAAAUGAUCAAAACCCAAAACAAGAAAUCAAAACAGAGCAACAAAAGAGUCAUUCUUUUUGGGGUAUUAAAAGAAGCAGUAGUGUUCAUUGUGUUAAUACACACAAGAAAAGUAGUUCAUUUUGGUCAUUACCUUUAUUAUCUCGAAGCAAUUCAACUGGUUCAGUACCAAAUUCCAAGAAACAGGGGACUCUGCAAUUAAAGCAAAUCAAGAAUUCAUCAACACCAGCAAGUUUUUACACAUUUCCAUCAGCUCAAAAACCGCCAUUAAGGAAGAAUUAUGGAGCAGCAGGGAGUAAUUAUGGUAAUGGUAUUAGAAUUAGUCCAGUUCUUAAUGUUGCAUCACAAAAUUUAUUUGGAUUUGGGUCUCUGUUUCGUAAUGGGAAACGUAAAAAGAGCAAGAAAUGAUUUUGUUUGUACCAAUUUGUAGUGAUCAACUCAUCACAGUUUGUUAUAGAUUCAAGAUUUUUUUUUUUUGAGUUA